GGGGGAGGGAGUGGCCCACAGAGCCUCUCUGCAGCUGCUCCAGAUUCCUCCGUGGCACUGCAGGGGGACAUAGAGCCGAGGGAAGGCAUCAGGCAGCCGGCUUUCUGCAGCCCUGGACAGGAGACCCCAGCCCGUGACGAUGCUCAGAUGGAGUUUCUACACAACCCUCUCCGGGGCUUUCCUCCUCAUCCAUGCUUUCCCACACACCAAUAUCAAAAUCAGUCAAGCUUUGCCAGACCCAAUCCUGUCCUACUCUUGUCCUCUCUUCUGGACCGAAUUUGAAGGAUACUGCUACAGAUACUUCCCCAUCAAUAAAACGUGGGCCGAGGCAGAUUUGUACUGUGCAGAGUUUUCCAUUGGUCUCAAAUCAGCCAAGCUGGCUUCCAUUCACAGCUGGGAAGAGAACGUAUUCGUAUAUGACUUGGUAAACAGCCGCGUACCUGGAAUACCCACUGAUAUCUGGAUGGGGCUGAAUGACCUAAGGCAGGAAAGCAAUUUUGAAUGGACAGAUGGCUCAUCAUAUGAUUAUAACUACUGGGACGGCAACCAGCCAGAUGAUGGGAUCCUCUCUAAACCAGAGGAUGAAGACUGUGUCCAGAUCUGGUAUAGAUACAGCAGUGCUUUGCGAUCGUGGAACGAUAACAGCUGCCACAGAGAAUUCCCGUUUGUAUGCAAGAUUCCCUCCCUGGCUGCUGAUUAG